AUGGCUUCUGCGGGCAAAAGAAAACGAAUAAGUAACGUAACGAACACACAACCUUCAAAUAAUGGAGCAGGUUCGUCCUCCGGUACCGUUGGAGAUGGCCAGGUGACUGGAUUUGUCGAAGGAUCCAUACUUCGCAUCACAAUGCAAAACUUCCUGUAAGUCAACUCACCUGUGAACUGUUUGCAAACACGCUAGCUAGCUAACAAAAAGCUAGCUAGCUAACCAUGACGACGUGAUUUAUCUAACGUUAGAUAGUGAGUACCCUCAUUCAUAGACGCUGCCUAACUAAUGUUACCUUUAGCGCCAAUUGACGAUAGUAUCUUCUGGCCGCGGGAGUCGUAGAGCCCCUACGCUUGCUCUAAUUAAACGCGUCGUUAACACGCAUCGCUUGCGGUACGGUUUUGUAAACAUCAGGGACGUAUCUUUCAUAUUGGCGAAAAAUAAUUUUCCCCCAAACGGUUAAAUUACUAUACACCUUUAACGUUACAGGGUUAGGCUGGGUUCCGACACGGCCAUAUUUCCAUGUUACAGCUCUUUAAAAAAAAAACGGAAAAUAGGUCUGAAGAUAGUUACAACCUGUUUGACUCGAUAGUGUUGUCGAAUUCAAAUCUCUAACGUUACCAUCAUAUCUAAACCGAUAUGACACCACCAAUUUAGAUCAAUUCGCAAAUCAACUUGGAGGUAGAACACUAUUCCGUCAGCCGUCCGUUACUGAGAACCAUAUACCGGAUUUUAACAGGGUCGUUAGCAAUUUAAUUUGAAAUUGAGUAUUUGUUGCGCCUACCUAGCUCAAAUUCUAGACGUCUGAUUAAAAGGAGACUAGAGUAGGCUGGACACAUUACAUUUUUAACAAGGCUUUUUUCUGAUAACUAGUUCAUUGCAUUCGCCAUGGAGCCCAGUUUCAUAAUGUUACCAUAUGUCCCAACUGCUUGCCGUAGUUUUGAAGUAAUCGCGAAAAAACAGGCCUUAUUAGUUCUAUUGAGCACCGUAUUCCCAGCAAAUUGUUCUGCGUCACAAUGCCAGUUUCGCUAUUGUUAGCAAUUAGAUUUACCCGCGUAAACCUUGAAGGUUUACCUCAGGUAACUUUAAAGUGGAAUUGACAGCAUUUUAGCAACAUGGAAUCUUAUUAAAAUCUGUGAACAUAUACCCCCAGGAAGAAUCUAACAAUUUAGGAAAAUGACCAUAUCUAAGCGCUCGCUUUUUAAAGUGUAAUAAUGUUUGGUAAUGAUGUAUACUACGGCAUUUGUGAAAAUUCUAUAGCAAUAUAGUGGGAAAGCAGCCGUGCGUUUGGCCAAUUAAUAGACACUGCCAUAAAUGAAACCUAAUAAAAACAUAUGUAUUGUCCUGGACCGGAGUUUACACAGAUCAGUGCACCAUAGCCAAUCAGAGCUGCAUUAGGCCUUUAUGCAAACAAGCCAUUUGCCACACAGGCCUGACAUCAUUCAGAUUGUCGUGGACUGUGUGUUUACAGGCAGUUGCAACAGCGCAACUUUAGAUCAUUAGAACACAUUCGCCAAAAGCCACAAAAUACACCUCACUGGAUUUCUGCAGAUAUGUCAAUACCAGGGGAGUCCUCUUACAUUUAGGAACUUUAGUCCUAUUGAUCAAACAACCAUGAAAAGGUAGGCUCUCUCCCUCAGUUAUGCACAUCAACAAGAUAAACAACUUAUGCUAGCCAGAGAAAGAUGAGAUAAUAAAAUCUAACGAAGGACCAUUGGAUAAACCCUCUCAAACUUUUGCAGCUUGUUGGCCAUCAAAAUUGCACUGAUAAACGAUGGGGAAUUCUAGCCUACUGGUCCUUCUGCAGCUUGCCUGCCAAUGCAUCCUUGUCCCAACCAAGCACCCAAGCUAACUGGCAAAAGUUGGCUAGCUAGCUACUUCCAGACACAAAUGAGAGAACACCUCACUCUGACAAUUGUACCCGCCCUAGCAGGGCUACACGUUAUCUAGAGCGUUCGUGAAUAUUACUUUUUUUGUGCCUACGCUUACUGACCCAGUCAUAUUCAUCUGAGUAGAUGGCCAGAGUGAAUUUGCGAACGCAAGAGAUGCUAACUGGAUAACGUUCAAGUUCUUACAUUUUAGUCAUUUAGCAGACGCUCUUAUCCAGAGCGACUUAGUGAGUGCAUACAUUUUUCAUACUGGCCCCCUGUGGGAAUCGAACCCACAAUCCUGGCGUUACAAGCGCCAUGCUCUACCAACUGAGCUACAGGAGGGCUAAUCAAGUAACUGUUUGUAUAUUGUAAUUCCUUUGAGGGGCUAUUGGUCACGUUAGGAGAUUCAGUGGCUUAUGGAGAGAGAAAUGGGGCAUUGGAAAACCUUCCUGGUCUUUGUGGUUGAAUCUGUGUUUGAAAUUCACUGCUCGACGGAGGGACCUUACAGAUAAAUUGUAUGUUUGUGGGACAGAGAUAAGGUAGUCAUUCAAAAAUCAUGUUAAACACUAUUAUUGCACACACAUUUAUGUAACUUGUUAAGCACAUUUUUAUUCCUGUACUUAUUUAGGCUUGCCGUAACAAAGGGGUUGAAUACUUAUUAACUGAAGACAUUCAUGCUUUUCAUUUAAUUAAUUAAAAACAAUUCCACUUUGACAUUAUGGGGUAUUGCGUGUAGGCCAGUGACACUAAAUCUCAAUUUAAUCCAUUUUAAAUUCAGGCUGUAACACAACAAAAUGUGGGAAAAGGAAUAUGUGAAUACUUUCUGAAGGCACUGUGUGUGUAUACUUUUGGACAUGUAGUGUAUGUGGACACCUGCUUGUCGGACAUUUCAUUCCAAAAUCAUGCUAUAACAGCCUCCACUCUUCUUGGAAGGCUUUCCACUAGAUGUUGGAACAUUGCUGCUUGGACUUGCUUCUAUUCAGCCACAAGCAUUAGUGAGGUCGGUCACUGAUGGGUGAUUAGGCCUGGCUCGCAGUCAACGUUCCAAUUCAUCCCAAAGGUGUUAGAUAGGGUGGAGGUCAGGGCUCUGUGCAGGCCAGUCAAGGGGUGUCCACAUACCUUUGGCCAUGUAGUGUGUAUAUACCAGUAAACAUUAUUUUAAUAGCAGGACACUGUGUAAAGUCCAUUAUCCCUCUGAAGAGUAUGAAUUAGUCUGUUUGAUAAGGGUUUGAAUCCUAAGCAACCUGCCUACACAUAGUUAGAAGUACAAUACCAACAUAGCUACUGUAGUAGGUCAAAGCUGUUUGCUGGAAAAUCUUGGUAGCGCAUGGGUGGAAUAGGCAUGGUGGUGCUCGAGAAUUUCAUUUUUCGGCUUCAGACCAAUUCCUAUUCUCACUUUUUUUUUUUUUUUUUUUUUUUUUAUUAGCUAUGUGACUGUGUAAACGGAAGACUGACACCACAAACCUGAUGUCACUGCAAUUUAGGUCUGUGCUAUCUGGGAUCCCUGGGACGUCUAUAGCACUCGAAUAUCCAAUAUACAUCUUAACUUUACCUCUGUGCAGAACUACUGGAUCUCUAAAGUCGGGUAAACAAUAGUUUCAUUUGGAUGUUUUGUCUCAAAUUUCGAGCAGCUGAAGGACAAAUCGGUAGAGUAAGUUUGUAAAUGUAAUUUUAUUUAACAUUCAGACUUGUAUGGAACAUUUACACGAUGUUGCAGGCAUUAGUUUCAGGCUGUAUAAACCAAUACAUUCUGUAUUGCAGCCUGAUUAAUCAGACUAGCUAGCUAGCUGUGCGAGAUGUUACUGUUUUGCAGAGACACCUGCUUGGACAUGGACAACUGCGUCAAAGAUUAUAAUUAAUCUGUGACCAAGUCUUGUAACCAUCUAGCUAGGUAGCUACAUGUUGCUGAAUUUGCAUGUGUCCAACAGAAGUUGUUGUAUUGUAGCCAAGGCUAGGUAAUAGGGCUGUCCCCGACAAAAAAUAAUAUAUAUAUAUAUAUAUAUAUAUAUAUAUAUAUAUAUAUAUAUAUAUAUAUAUAUACACUGCUCAAAAAAAUAAAGGGAACACUUAAACAACACAAUGUAACUCCAAGUCAAUCACAUUUCUGUGAAAUCAAACUGUCCACUUAGGAAGCAACACUGAUUGACAAUAAAUUUCACAUGCUGUUGUGCAAAUGGAAUAGACAACAGGUGGAAAUUAUAGGCAAUUAGCAAGACACCCCCAAUAAAGGACUGGUUUUGCAGGUGGUGACCACAGACCACUUCUCAGUUCCUAUGCUUCCUGGCUGAUGUUUUGUCACUUUUGAAUGCUGGCGGUGCUUUCACUCUAGUGGUAGCAUGAGACGGUGUCUACAACCCACACAAGUGGCUCAGGUAGUGCAGCUCAUCCAGAAUGGCACAUCAAUGCGAGCUGUGGCAAGAAGGUUUGCUGUGUCUGUCAGCGUAGUGUCCAGAGCAUGGAGGCGCUACCAGGAGACAGGCCAGUACAUCAGGAGACGUGGAGGAGGCCGUAGGAGGGCAACAACCCAGCAACUGCUACCUCCGCCUUUGUGCAAGAAGGAGCAGGAGGAGCACUGCCAGAGCCCUGCAAAAUGACCUCCAGCAGGCCACAAAUGUGCAUGUGUCUGCUCAAACGGUCAGAAACAGACUCCAUGCAGGACGUUUGGCAUUUGCCAGAGAACACCAAGAUUGGCAAAUUCGCCACUGGCGCCCUGUGCUCUUCACAGAUGAAAGCAGGUUCACACUGAGCACGUGACAGUCUGGAGACGCCGUGGAGAACGUUCUGCUGCCUGCAACAUCCUCCAGCAUGACCGGUUUGGCGAUGGGUCAGUCAUGGUGUGGGGUGGCAUUUCUUUGGGGGGCCGCACAGCCCUCCAUGUGCUCGCCAGAGGUAGCCUGACUGCCAUUAGGUACCGAGAUGAGAUCCUCAGACCCCUUGUGAGACCAUAUGCUGGUGCGGUUGGCCCUGGGUUCCUCCUAAUGCAAGACAAUGCUAGACCUCAUGUGGCUGGAGUGUGUCAGCAGUUCCUGCAAGAGGAAGGCAUUGAUGCUAUGGACUGGCCCGCCCGUUCCCCAGACCUGAAUCCAAUUGAGCACAUCUGGGACAUCAUGUCUCGCUCCAUCCACUAACGCCACGUUGCACCACAGACUGUCCAGGAGUUGGCGGAUGCUUUAGUCCAGGUCUGGGAGGAGAUCCCUCAGGAGACCAUCCGCCACCUCAUCAGGAGCAUGCCCAGGCGUUGUAGGGAGAUCAUACAGGCACGUGGAGGCCACACACACUACUGAGCCUCAUUUUGACUUGUUUUAAGGACAUUACAUCAAAGUUGGAUCAGCCUGUAGUGUGGUUUUCCACUUUAGGUUUGAGGGUGACUCCAAAUCCAGACCUCCAUGGGUUGAUACAUUUGAUUUCCAUUGAUACUUUUUGUGAUUUUGUUGUCAGCACAUUCAACUAUGUAAAGAAAAAAGUAUUUAAUCAGAUUAUUUCAUUCAUUCAGAUCUAGGAUGUGUUAUUUUAGUGUUCCCUUAAUUUUUUUGAGCAGUGUAUAUAAAUUGGUACCAAUCAAAUGUUUGGACACCUACUCAUUCAAGGGUUUUUCUUUAUUUUUACUAUUUUCUACGUUGUAGAAUAAUAGUGAAGACAUCAACUAUGAAAUAACACAUAUGGAAUCAUGUAGUAACCAAAAAAGUGUUAAACUAAUCAAAAUUCAUUUUAUAUUUGAGAUUCUUCAAAUAGCCACCCUUUGCCUUGAUGACAGCUUUGCACACGCUUGGCAUUCUUUCAGCCAGCUUCACCUCAAAUGCUUUUCCAACAGUCUUGAAGGAGUUCCCACAUAUGCUGAGCACUUGUUGGCUGCUUUUCCUUCACUCUGCUGUCCGACUCAUCUCAAUUGGGUUGAGGUCGGGAUUGUGGAGGCCAGGUCAUCUGAUGCAGGACUCAUUGAUGCAUGUCCAUUGCUCGUGUUUCUUGGCCCAAGCAGGUCUCUUCUUCUUAUUGGUGUCCUUUAGUAUUGGUUUCUUUGCAGCAAUUUGACCAUGAAGGCUUGAUUCACACAGUCUCAUCUGAACAGUUGUCUGUUACUUGAACUCUGUGAAAUAUUUAUUUGGGCUGCAAUUUCUGAGGCUGGUAACUCUAAUGAACUUAUCCUCUGCAGCAGAGGUAACUCUGGGCCUUUCUUUCCUGUGGCGGUCCUCAUGAGAGCCAGUUUCAUCAUAGUGCUUGAUGGUUUUUACGACUGCACUUGAAGAAAAUAUUCCGGAUUGACUGACCUUCAUGUCUUAAAGUAAUGAUGGACUGUCGUUUCUCUUUGCUUAUUUGAGCUGUUCUUGCCAUAAUAGGACUAUCUUCUGUUUACCGCCCCUACCUUGUCACAACAACUGAUUGUCUCAAACGCAUUAAGAAGGAAAGAAAUUCCACAAAUUAACUUUUAAGAAGGCACACCUGUUAAUUGAAAUGCAUUCCAGGUGACUACCUCAUGAAGCUGGUUGAGAGAAUGCCAAGAGUGUGCAAAGCUGUCAUCAAGGCAAAGGGUGGCUAUUUGAAGAAUCUCAUAUAUAAAAUAUAUUUUGAUUUGUUUAACCCUUUUUUUUUUUUUUGUGGUUACUACAUGAUUCCAUUUGUUAUUUCAUAGUUUUGAUGUCUUCACUAUUAUUCUACAAUGUAGAAAAUAAAGAAAAACCCUUGAAUGAGUAGGUGUCAACUUUUGACUUGUACUGUAUAUGGAUGAUUUAUAAAGCCAGGCACAUUUUAACAGUUUGGCUAAUUAAUAUAGACCUAAUUAAGUUGGUUUCCUCUCCUCGUCGCUGCCUCCGCUGCAUUGUUCUUAAUCCCAAUAUGCUGUUAACUUUGCUAUUAUGUACAUAGCAAUAUAGGGAAAGGCGCCAAUUCUACAGCGACCGUAUUCAACGUGGGAGAAAGCUUAUUUGUUAUAAAAUAACAUUUGAUUGAUUAGUGUUGCAUCAUUUAUUUUUACGUAAUAUAACCAUAUACAAUUUCAGUAUCACAUGUCUUAGUGAUGGACUGUGCCAUCCCAGUGGCCUCCUCCAAUGGAUUAGUCCACUGAGACAGGCGCGAAUCAGCCUAUCGACCAAACAAUCGACCAGUCAACUAAAUGGAGUCAGUCCUACUAGCUAACUGAAUGUGCUAACAUUGGCUACUAAAGUUGCUGCACUGAAGUUAAGCUGACAUUCUCCCCUCUUUAUCCCACAGAACCUACGACCACUCCAUAGUUUACCCUGGACCAAACCUGAACAUGAUUGUGGGGGCCAAUGGAACUGGCAAGUCCAGUAUUGUCUGUGCCAUAUGUCUGGGUCUGGCAGGAAAGACUGCCAUCCUGGGCAGAGGGGACAAGGUAGUUGGCUAUUAAUUAACAAGUGUCCUAGUGGCCUCCUGAGUGACGCAGCGGUCUAAGGCACUGCAGUGCUUGAGGCACCACUACAGAUCCGGGUUUGAUCCCGGGCUGUGUCGUAGCCGGCCGCGACCGGGAGACCCAUGAGGCGUCGCACUAUUGGCCCAGCGUCGACCGGGUUAGGGGAGGGUUUGGCCGGCCGGGAUGUCCUUGUCCCAUCGCGCUCUAGUGACUCCUGUGGCGGGCCGGGAGCAUGCACGCUGACACGGUCGCCAGUUGUACAUUGUUUCUUCCAACACAUUGGUGUGGCUGGCUUCCGAGUUAAGCGAGCAGUGUGUCAAGAAGCAGUGCGGCUUGGCAGGAUCGUGUUUCGGCGGACGCAUGGCUCUCGACCUUCGCCUCUCCCGAGUCCAUACGGGAGUUGCAGCGAUGGGACAAGACUCUAACUACCAAUUUGGAUAUCACGAAAUUGGGGAGAAAAAGGGGUAAAAACAUUAUACAAUAAUAAACAAGUGUCCUAGCUAGCUACUCCUAUGAUAUGUUGUCAAGAGCAUGAAACUUUCCUUUGCAUGAUCUUUCAUUAUUGCAAUAAUGGCACUUGUAUCUUUAGUUUGUGUUUUGUAUUUUUAUUGUACAGAAUUUUUUUACUUUGGAUAUAUUCUGACUAGGUUGGGCUGUACGUGAAGCGUGGGUGCAACAAAGGAUCUGUUGAGAUUGUACUGUAAGUUUGUUUUAGAUUAAUCAGAAAUACCAACACUGAUUCCCUAGGUCUUUGUAUAAUAACAUUUAGGGAACCCUACCUGUGUUUUCAGGUACAAGGCCAAGGGGAACCUGGUGAUCAAUAGAGAGAUCCAUGUGGAGAAUAACCAGUCGAUGUGGAUGCUUAAUGGGAAACACUCCAGCCAGAAGACUGUGGAGGAGGAGGUGAAGGCUCUACAGAUCCAAGUGAGCAACCUCUGCCAGUUCCUGCCACAGGUGAGUGGAAACUUGGAGGUUGUCUGCCAUACUCAUUUAUUUCAUUGUAUUUCAUUAAUCCUUUCCUUUUUUCUUAAUCGAUCCGCUAAUGUCAUACUUGUACUUCAAAUUCUCUGACCACUGUUUGCCCCCUGCCCUGUGACUUUGCAGGAGAAGGUGGGUGAGUUUGCCAAGAUGACCAAGAUUGAGCUGCUAGAGGCCACAGAGAAGUCAGUGGGACCUCCAGAGAUGUACGACUUCCACUGCGAGCUCAAGACCUUCCGCACCAAGGAGAGGGAACUGGAGGUGAGCACAGUUUUAGUUCUAGCUCUGGAUAAAUGAAGAUUCUUAGUUUUUUUUUCUUUUAUAAAGAGGCUUUUGCUGCAGUGUUGAUAGCUCAGGGAGAGUGAGUUCUAAGGUACACUGUUUUGUUUGGUAGAAUGUGUGCAAGGAGAAGGCCAGCGCCCUGGAGAAGUUCAAGCAGAGGAAUGAACGGAACAAGCACGACGUGGAGCGCUACUAUGAGAAGAAGAGACACCUGGACAACAUCAAGAUGCUGGAGAAGAAGAAACCCUGGGUGGUGAGUUGUCAUAGAGAUCAUGUGACACCUGGGUCAUAUUUAUUAGUGCACACCAAUGUAAACAGUUUAUUCACUCUACAACAGGGGUAUCAAACCCAUUCCAUGAAGGGCCUAGUGUCUGCAGGUUUUAGUUUUUUCCUUUCAAUUAAGCCCUAGACAACCAGGUGAGGGGAGUUCCUUACUAAUUAGUGUACAAGGGAGGAGCGAAAACCUGCAGACACUCGGCCCUCUGUGGAAUGAGUUUAACACCUGUGCUCUACAACGUGGCGGAAACGGUUUGUUGCAAAACAUUUUGCGAUGGUGUGCACUAAUGAAUACAACCCUGUAGUCAUUCAUAGCUUGUUAAAAGAGCUUGGACAUGGGUAGAUACUCCUCCAUUUAGAAACAAAAUGCAGAUGUCAGUGUGUUAUGUGAGCAUUCAUAUGUUAACAAUCUCUUUGUCAACCCUCUGUCAUCUCCAGGAGUAUGAGACGGCCCGUAAGGAGCUGGAGGGGGUGAAGAAGGCGAGGGAGGACGCCAAGAAGCAGCUGAAAACCGUGAGGGAGUCCCAGGCCCCCAUGCUAAAGAAGAUCCAGCACAUUGACAGUCAGCUGAGGCCCAUCGAGAACCAGAUGAAGGACAAGGUCAGAGACAGGCUCCCUGGACUUUGUAGCUUGGGGGUCGCAGGGUCGCAGCUUAUGCCUUUUGAGACUGGGCCCUGGCGAACGCAUGGGUUAUAUUUACUUGGUGGGUGAUACUGCAAAGACAUUUGGGAACCACUGUGUUGUGUAGCCCAUAGACUGGUGGUGAUGAUGCAUCCUUGUUGUUUUCCAGACGGUCAGCAUCAGGGAGGCCUCUCAGAAGUGUAAACAGAAACAGGACCACCUAGACCGGAAGCACAGAGAGGUCUGGCACACUUUUAUUUUCUAUAUACAUUUCUGCCUUAUUUUGAUACUCUCUUGAUACCAAUGGAAAAAAUAAUGUUUAAAAAUGAACUGAAACGUUUGAUCCUCCCCUAUCCCUCUAGAUUGAGGACAUCAAGCAGGCCUUCAGCCUGAAGCAGACGGAGGCGGCGGACCGGCAGAAGCGAAUCAGCAACACCCGGCGCAUGAUUGAUGACCUGAGGGAGGAGCUGGCCAACAUAGGCGACCAAUCAGACGUGACGCCGCGGAUCGAUGCGGUAAAUGCGGAGCUGAGGCGCAUCCAGGAUGAGAAAGCCAAGAUGGAGGGAGAAAAGGCCGACCUGCGCAGGGAGAAGGACAACUUGAACGGAGAGUGUAGACGUAAGAGACACACACACACAGGGUCUGGGGAGUCCUGGGUCUAAAACUGACUUGGCACAGUGGCUCACUGCACCAUUUUAACCAUGGUGAAGUGUUACACAUACCAUUUGACCAAUCAAACAGGCAAAACGUCAAUAUCGAGACAAAGUGGAGUCGCAAUUCAACGGCUCAGACACAAGACCUAUGUGGCAGGGUCUACAGACAUUCCCGGACUACAAAAGGAAAACCAGCCACGUCGCAGACACCGACGUCUUGCUGCCAGACAAGCUAAACAGGUUUUUUUGCCCGCUUUUUUGCCACCGACUCGGCCAGCUACCAAGGACUGUGGGCUCUCCUUCUCCGUGGCCGACGUGAGUAAGACAUUUAAACGUGUUAACCCUCGCAAGGCUGCCGGCCCAGACGGCAUUCCUAGCCGCGUCCUCAGAGCAUGCGCAGACCAGCUGGCUGGUGUGUUUACCGACAUAUUCAAUCUCUCCCUAUCCCAGUCUACUGUCCCCACAUGCUUCAAGAUGGCCACCAUUGUUCCUGUACCCAAGAAUGCAAAGGUAACUGAACUAAAUGACUAUCGCCCCGUAGCACUCACUUCUGUCAUCAUGAAGUGCUUUGAGAGACUAGUCAAUGAUCAUAUCACCUCCACCUUACCUGUCACCCUAGACCCACUUCAAUUUGCAUACCGCCCCAAUAGGUCCACAGACGAUGCAAUCGCCAUCACACUGCCCUAUCCCAUCUGGACAAGAGGAAUACCUAUGUAAGAAUGCUGUUCAUUGACUAUAGCUCAGCAUUCAACACCAUAGUACCCUCCAAGCUCAUCAAGCUUGAGGCCCUCGAUCUCAACCCCGCCCUGUGCAAUUGGGUCCUGGACUUCCUGACGGGCUGCCCCCAGGUGGUGAAGGUAGGAAACAACAUCUCCACUUCGCUGAUCCUCAACACUGGGGCCCCACAAGGGUGCGUGCUCAGCCCCCUCCUGUACUCCCUGUUCACCCAUGACUGUGUAGCCAUGCACGCCUCCAACUCAAUCAUCAAGUAUGCAGACGACACAACAGUAGCCUAAUUACCAACAACGAUGAGACAGCCUACAGGGAGGAGGUGAGGGCUCUCGGAGUGUGGUGUCAGGAAAAGAACCUCUUACUCAACAUAAAAAAAACAAAGGAGGGGUGCUUGACAAAAAACUAAGGAGAUGAUUGUGGACUUCAGGAAACAGCAGAGGGAGUACCCCCCCCUAUCCACAUCGACGGGACAGCAGUGGAGAAGGUGGAAAGUUUAAGUUCCUCUGCGUACAUAUCACUGACAAACUGAAAUGGUCCACCCACACAGACAGUGUGGUGAAGAAUGCGCAACAGCGUCUCUUCAACCUCAGGAGGCUGAAGAAAUUUGGCCUGUUACCUAAAACCCUCACAAACUUUUACAGAUGCACAAUUGAGAGCAUCCUGUCGGGCUGUAUCACCGGCUGGUAUGGCAACUGCACUGCCCACAACCGCAGGGCUCUCCAGAGGGUGGUGCGGUCUGCACAACAAAUCACCAGGGGCAAUCUACCUGCCCUCUAGGACACCUACAGCACCCGAUGUCACAGGAAAGCCAAAAGGAGAAUCAAGGACAACUAUCACCCGAGCCACUGCCUGUUCACCUCGCUACCAUCCAGAAGGCAAGGACAGUACAGGUGCAUCAAAGCUGGGACCGAGAGACUGGAAAAACAGCUUCUAUCUCAAGGCCAUCAGACUGUUAAACAGCCAUCACUAGCACAGAGAGGCUGCUGCCUACAUACAGACUUGAAAAUCACUGGCCGCUUUAAUAAUGCCACUUUAAUGUUUACAUAUCUUGCAUUACCCAUCUCAUAUGUGUAUAUACUGUAUUCUAUACUAUCUAUUGCAUCUUAGACUACGCCACUGAUAAUGACAUUGCUCAUCCAUAUAUUUAUAUAUUCUUGUUCCGUUCCUUUACUUAGAUUUGUGUGUAUUUGUUGUGAAACUGUUAGAUAAUGUUGCACUGUCAGAACUAGAAGCACACACAUUUCGCUACACUCGCAAUAACAUCUGCUAACCAUGUAUAUGUGACCACUCUGCUUGUUUCCUGUAGUGUUGAAGAACAGGCUGAGGAGUCUGGAUGACAUGAUGAAAAUCAAGGAGGAGAAGCUGAGAGGGCGCUCCAAGGACACCUACGCUGCUGUCCAGUGGCUAAGGCAGAACAAACACAUCUUCAGUGGCAACGUCUAUGAACCUAUGAUGCUAGUGGUGAGGGCACACUAUAAGGAUUAGUAGUCAAGGCCUAUAUGGACCUAGCCCUGUCCAUAUGCUUUGAAGUGUCAUUGUCAAGCACCCCUCCUACUUUUCUUUGUUUGCUGUAGCGUGGAGACCUACUUGAACAUUGGAAGUGUUCUUUAAUAUGUUCACAACUAUAGUUUCAUUCUACACCCCAAUAUCCUAAAAUGGGCCACAAUAGAGUACCACAAUAUGAGUCAUAAUACCCAUAAAACCUAGUAGUCAAACAAGGAAAUGGUUUCAAUCGUUUUUUCAACCAUUCAUUUUUCCCAUAGGGGAUUUUAGAAACACUUAAAAUAAGGGCUGUGUUUCUUGUAUGCUUACCCUGGUGUGAUGUUUUGAUAACUGUGUAAAUCUCUGUAGGACAAGGUGACUUUUAUCAAUAUAUUUGCCUGUAUUUACCACCCCCCAAAAAUGAAAUGCUAAUGUGGAUAUCAUAAAGAACUACAAAUACCAUGAUGAGCUGGACAAGACUGCCAAAUCGAGGCAACGAUAAGAAUCUCUGGAUUAAGUAUCUGUUAGCUAAAUGUAGUAAUUAAUAAACUUGCUAAAUUUCGUUCAAUUGACUAUUCUGAAGUGUCUUGUGCAAGUUUUUUUAAAUUGACACUACCUGUUAGCAAAGGUGUCAGCUAGAGAUGAUGUGCAAGAGCUUGCAGGGGUUUGUAGUCUUGCGUGAUGUCUACUUUGAUGCUAAUUAGCAUUUUCGAAUCAGAAUAAAUAGAGCCUUGUCCGAGAGAUUUACAUGGUCAUCAAAACAUCACGCCAGGGUAAGCCUGCACGAAGCACAGCCCUUAUUUGAAGUGUUCCUAAAAUUCCCUACGUGAGAAAUGUAUGGUGGGAAAACGAUUGGAACCAUUUCCCCAUUUGACCGCAAGGUUUUAAGGGUAUUAUGACACCUCCACUGUGGUGCUAUAUUCCUUUCCCUCUUUUUUUUUUUUUUUUUUUUUUUUUUUUUUUUCAUUUAAAUGAAAAGACUACUUGGUUCAAAGAACAGUAUGUAUGGCUGAUAUAUAAACAUAAUUUGAAAGCCCAUAUGUAGCCUUUCUUUGAAACAUUCUGCUCUUUCAGAUUAGUGUCCGCAACCCUGACCAUGCCAAGUACGUCGAGAACCACAUUCCAUUCAACGACCUGCGAGCCUUCGUCUUCCAGAAGAGGGAGGACAUGGAGAAGUUUAUGAUGGAGGUGAGGAGGACCUGCAGAUAAAGAAUGGAAAAAGAAAUUCAACUGCCAAUACAACAAUGUCAGAAUGCUCUGUAUGCAAUGAAAUAGGACCCUGAGUUUUUACUAUGUGACCCACCUAACCGGGCCCUAGUUAUAGGCUCUAAUUAAGGUAAUAAGUGCAUGAGUAAGUUCUGAUGAUGGAUUUGUCCUCAGGUGCGUGACAGCCAGAACCUGAGGGUGAAUUCAGUCUUUGCUCCUGAGGAAUCCUGCGCCACCCGCGCCCCCUCCAGACCCAUAGAGUCCCUGAAGUGAGUAGUCCUCUCAUACUGUCCCAAGAUGGAUUGUAAAUGUAUCAACCCUACACCUAACCCUUUCAGCUGUAAUGAAUGUGUAAGAUGCAUUUUUGUCUUCUUUUCCUGUCUGUAGGCGUUUUGGGUUCUUUGCGUACCUGCGGGAGCUCUUCGACGCUCCAGAAGAGGUUAUGAGCUACCUCUGCAACCAGUACAAGGUGCACGAUGUUCCUGUGGGAACAGACCAAACCAAAACCAUGAUCAAGACGGUAUGUUCCAUACUCUAGAGUGUCUGGGAGGAUGCCAAGUCAUGUCAACAAAUUACUUCACUUUCAUAGCUUAUUUGAUUUCUGAACAGACUGGAAUCGAAAGUAAGCUGAUCCAAACUCUAGUCCUUCGACCAUUUGUCUCUCUCAGGUGAUUGAGGAGCCCUACCUGAAGGUGCUCUACACAGCUGAGGAGAAGUACUCCCUGAAGAAGUCCUUUUACUCGGGCAAGACCAGCACCAGUAACUCUGCCGUGCGUCCCUCCCAGUACCUCACCAUGGCUGUGGACGCCGAGGAGAAACGCCAGCUGGAGGAGCAGAUCAGGGUGAGGCCAGGGACACCUGUCAAUCAUUCACCACAGGCCCCUCCCCCACGGGGAGAAAAAAGUUGCCAAUAACAAAUGAAUUUGAAGCGACACAUUUACACUAGCAGUAAACUACACUUGGCGUUUUACACCGGAGAGGAACUUUCCAAGAGUUUUACUUAACACCUUAGAUAUGACAUAGUAAUACACAUUUAGAUCAGACACUCAUACACACAAUGAUGUAAGUUGACAUGCAUAACCUGCAGUAAUGUUGUAGUAAUAACCAGAUGUUUAGCAAAGCACUGAUAUAGCACUACAGCUUGAAAAUUAAGUGUGACCUUUGGCUAUGCCUAGACGGCUGAAAAGAGCAAGCAGGCCAUCGAUGUCCAGAUGAGCACCAUGCAGGAACGUACUGCCAAGCUGGAUCGCCGUGACAAUGAGCUACGGGCCCAGAAGAAGGUGCUCUCAGAGAUGAAGGGCAAAAAGAGACAGUUGGAACAGAAGAUCAGUACCAAGCAGGACAGGUGGGUGGCACACACACAGGCCUUGUCCAAAUACCCAUACCAUACCUAAAUAGGUUGUUUGAGUAUGCGAAAAAAUAAUGUUUAAUAUACUAAAUAAAUUGGGCCCUAAUCUAUGGAUUUCACAUGACUGGGCAGGUGCGCAGCCAUGGGUGGGCCUGGGAGGGCAUAGGCCCUCCCACUUGGGAGCCAGGCCCAGCCAAUCAGGAUGAGUUUUUUCCCCCAAAAAGGGCUUUACUACAGACAAAUACUCCCAGUUUCAUCAGCUGUCCGGUUGGCUUGUCUCAGACGAUCCCGCAGGUGAAGAAGCCGGAUGUGGAGGUCCUGGGCUGGCCUGGUUACACGUGGUACGCUGUUGUAGUUCUCGUAUCUCUCACACACCAUUUCCUCCUUUGUGUGUGUGUGUAGUCUUCGGCAGAUGGAGCAGGGGGGCAUUGACUUACAAAAGGCUGAGGAGGAGACCAAGGCCCAAAUCUCAGCAGUCAACUCCCAGAAGGUGGCCAUCGUGGCUGAGUUCAUGGCCCACAUGAAGGUACACAGUCACAGGGGUUGAUGCUGAAGGCUCCAGAUACACAGAACCUGGGUGGUGUAUAUGGUGUAUACUGACUGCCUUAAGUCUCUAUCAUUCUCUCUCUUUUCCCUCCGUCUCUAGCUGAGGGCUAAGUUGAGUAUGGAGAAGGUGUACAUGGCUCUAGAGACCGUGGGCAUGACAGCAGAGAAGACCAAGCUGGAGACUGACUGCAGGGACGGCUCGGCCGAACUCAGGGUCCUAGAGGUCAGGAGGUCACGCUCGCACGCACACUCUCAUACAAUUUCACACACAGUAAAUUGUAAUCUGUACUCAUCGUGUGCGCGCGGAUUGCGUUUCCUCUUCAUCCCCUCUUCUCCUCUCUCAGCAAGCGUGUGCCAUGCUGGAGCAGCGUAAGGCCCGUCUGUUGGAGAUGUGUAAGGGCCUGAUGAGGAGGGCCAGGGAGAUCUGUAACAUGGACCCUGGGGAGAGUGCUGUACCCCCAGACCUACACACGGUCAGUAUAGUACAGCACAACUCAACACUGAGUCGUCCAUUCAUUCUACAAUUUUAGUGCAUUAAUUAAUCCAUUCAUUAAUUUGUGUUUUUCUUCAUUUGUGUUCUGUAGGCCUUCAGCCAACUGCCCGACACUAUGGAUGAGAUAGACGCCAUGUUGAAUGAGGAGAGGUCCAGGGCAGAGUGCUUCACUGGCCUCAGUGAGAAUGUAAGUUGGAAGGCUCCUCAAAACGUGUGCGUGCACGUAUUGAUUCUGCCUCACCAUGUGACAACCACCCUCUUCCCCAGGUGGUGGAUGAGUACAACAGGAGAGAGCAGGAGAUCAAGAACCUGGAGAAAGAGCUGGAUGAGAAGAGCAAUGCCCUGAACACCUACAGACAGAACAUAUCAGAGGUACUUUAAUUACGGAUUAGUCCAGUGAAUCAGUCUGUGCCAAAUCUGUCAUUUCAAUGCUUUAAAAAAAUGGUGCAAAAUGUACUUCUGAAAAUGCACAGUAAAUCUAUCAAAUCUGUUUGCUAGUGCGCCAAAGUGCAUGUUCAAAUUCAUUAAGCCGAUUUUUUUUUUUUUUUUUUUUUUUUUUUUUUUUUUUUUUUUUUAUUGCAAAAUGUUUCUUAAAGGGAAGCAAAUGGAACGAAGCGGGGAAGGACCUGAAUUUAUCCAAUAGAAACUCCUGUUUUAAACCUUUCAGUUUUUGCAAUUGUUUGGACUAAUGAUUACACCCCAAGUUUGUCUUCUACAGAGAUGUUUCCCUCCUAAAGACUUCUCUCUGUUGACAGGCAAAGGAGCGCUGGCUGAAUCCUCUGAAGCAACUGGUAGAGCAGAUCAAUGACAAGUUCAGUGAUUUCUUCCGCUCCAUGCAGUGUGCCGGGGAGGUGGACCUGCAUUCAGAGAACGAGGUUGGGCACGCCAAACACACACCGUGCACAUGCAUUGUACCCUCUAUCUCUGGACUAAGGGGUGCCAGAGUGUUCGUCUUCUUAGAUGUUUGUGGGAGCUGUAGUAGCAGUCAUAGAGGGUUGUCACCAUACCAUUAUUGCGAUACUCCGAGGUUUCGUGGCAAAGGAACAACAUGAAAUGGAUUGAAUUUCCUGAGGAAAACAGUCCUAAUGUUGGAAACAAACAGCCUUAUGUUGUCACCCAGAAUCACUUUUCUUUUCCAAGCUAUAGCACACAAUAUUUUACAUUAGUAUUUUUUUUUGAAGGACCAAAGAGUUUAGUCUGCUUUGUUUUCCAUUUUGCCAAGGAAAAUCUGGUAUUGUGACAACACUAAAAGUAGGUCUGUCUGUGACUGGUGUCUGCCCCCUGCAGGAGGAGUAUGAUAAAUACGGGAUCCGUAUCCGGGUGAAGUUCCGUAGCAGCACGCAGCUCCAUGAGCUCACAGCACACCACCAGAGUGGAGGGGAGCGCAGUGUCUCCACAAUGCUCUACCUCAUGGCCCUGCAAGAGCUCAACCGCUGCCCCUUCCGAGUGGUGGACGAGAUCAACCAGGUAUGUAACACACACCAACUGCUGCCCGCUUAAGAGUGGUAAAAUCACUUGCACAUCCAGACUGUAUUCACACAGGCUUUAUUUCUUCCUAUUCUACCCAGGGUAUGGACCCAGUCAAUGAGAGGAGAGUCUUUGACAUUGUUGUACGGACAGCCUGCAAGGAGACGACCUCGCAGUACUUCUUCAUCACACCCAAGGUAAGUGUCACACUGCAGAGGUGGUGACUUACUAGUGUGUGUGUUGUGGAUUAAUGUGUGUGUUUCUCCAGCUCCUUCAGAACCUCCAGUAUGCAGAUGAGAUGACCAUCCUGUGUGUCCAUAAUGGACCUCAUAUGCUGCCCCCCGACAAGUGGGAUGAGAAGGCCUUCACCAGACGCUGCGUCCGCCGCAAGGGCAAAUAG